CCGGAAGUUCCGGUGGGAGCGCGUCGGGAGCCGGGAGGAGAGCGCGCGCCGGGCCCGCGGGAGAGGUGCCAGUGUCUGAGUCCUCUCGGUGUAUGUGUGGUAACAACAUGUCUGUCCCCCUCCUCGCCGACGCAGUGACCGUCUCAGGGGCAGAGCGGGAGACUGCCGCGGUCAUUUUUUUACAUGGCCUUGGAGACACAGGGCACAGCUGGGCUGAAGCCCUCUCCUCCAUCCGCCUGCCCUACGUGAAGUACAUUUGCCCCCACGCGCCCCGGAUCCCAGUGACCCUCAACAUGAAGAUGGUUAUGCCCUCCUGGUUUGACCUGAUGGGCUUGACUCCAGAUGCACCUGAAGAUGAAGCUGGAAUCAAGAAAGCUGCAGAAAAUAUUAAAGCAAUCAUUGAGCACGAGAUGAAGAAUGGGAUCCCAGCCCACCGCAUCAUCCUGGGGGGCUUCUCACAGGGCGGUGCCUUGUCGCUGUACACAGCUCUGACCUGCCAGCACCAGCUGGCUGGCAUCGUGGCUCUCAGCUGCUGGCUCCCGCUGCACAAGGCCUUCCCACAGGCAGCCAGUAACGGGGUGAACAAGGACAUUGCCAUCCUGCAGUGCCACGGGGAGAUGGACCCCAUGAUCCCUGUGCGCUUCGGGGCCCUCACCGCCGAGAAGCUCAGGUCUGUCGUCACCCCCAACAAGGUCCAGUUCAAAACCUACCCUGGAGUCAUGCACAGCUCCUGCCCUCAGGAGAUGCUGGCGGUGAAGGAGUUCAUCGAGAAGCUGCUGCCCCGGAUCUGAGCGGAGCCAGGCGAGAGCGGCGCGGGGAAGGAGGCCGAGGGGCAGCUGCUGCCCUCCCCCUGUGACCUGCCCACUGCAAACGGAAGCCAUGGCCCCCCCCGC